CUGGGCCAAGGGCCCUGUGCACACCCUCCCCUCCAGCCGAGCCGGGGCACAUCCCAGGCCCCGGCCAGGGCCCAGCGAGAGCCCCGGGGACCUGCCCCGGGGACCCGGAUGGCCCAGCUGGGUGGGCAGCCAGGAACUCCCUCAACGACAGCCCCUUAGGGCGAUGUGUUGGCUUUGGGGCGACUUUGGCAAUGUCCCUGAGAGACGAGGGAGGGGAAGAAGAAUGUUUUGAGUACGACGGCCAAGAUGAAGAGAGGGAGCUGGCCCCGGCGCAGCAGGACACCCUGGAUCUGGUGGAAGAGGUUUUAUGUGCUGAAAGAGUUGGCCAGAUGACUAAGACGUAUAAUGACAUUGAUGCUGUCACUCGGCUUCUUGAGGAGAAAGAGCGGGAUUUAGAGUUGGCUGCUCGGAUUGGCCAGUCGUUGUUGAAGAAGAACAAGAUGCUCACCGAGAGGAACGAGCUGCUGGAGGAGCAGGUGGAGCACAUCCGGGAGGAGGUGUCUCAACUCCGGCAUGAGCUGUCCAUGAAGGAUGAGCUACUCCAGUUCUACACCAGCGCCGCGGAGGAGAGCGAGCCCGAGUCCGUGUGCUCAACCCCGUUGAAGAGGAAUGAGUCAUCGUCCUCAGUCCAGAAUUACUUUCAUCUGGAUUCUCUUCAGAAGAAGCUGAAGGACCUGGAAGAGGAGAACGUUGUACUUCGAUCCGAGGCCUGCCAGCUGAAGACGGAAACCAUCACCUACGAAGAGAAGGAGCAGCAGCUGGUCAACGACUGCGUGAAGGAGCUGAGGGACGCCAACGUGCAGAUCGCCAGCAUCUCGGAGGAAUUGGCCAAGAAGACGGAAGACGCUGCCCGCCAGCAGGAGGAGAUCACGCACCUGCUGUCUCAGAUCGUGGACCUGCAGAAGAAGGCCAAAGCGUGCGCAGUGGAAAAUGAAGAGCUCGUGCAGCACCUGGGGGCCGCCAAGGAUGCCCAGCGGCAGCUCACGGCCGAGCUGCGCGAACUGGAGGACAAGUACGCCGAGUGCAUGGAGAUGCUCCACGAGGCGCAAGAGGAGCUCAAGAACCUCCGGAACAAGACGGUGCCCAACACCACGUCCCGGCGCUACCACUCGCUGGGCCUGUUCCCCAUGGACUCCCUGGCAGCCGAGAUCGAGGGGACGAUGCGGAAGGAGCUGCAGUUGGAAGAGCCCGAGUCACCAGACAUCGCUCACCAGAAGCGAGUCUUCGAGACCGUGAGGAACAUCAACCAGGUGGUCAAGCAGAGGUCCCUGACGCCCUCCCCCAUGAACAUCCCCGGCUCCAACCAGUCCUCGGCCAUGAACUCCCUCCUGUCCAGCUGCGUCAGCACCCCCCGGUCCAGCUUCUACGGCAGCGACGUCGGCAACGUCGUCCUGGACAACAAGACCAACAGCAUCAUCCUGGAGGCAGAGGCGGCCAACCUGGGAAACAACGAGCAGAGCAAGAAGCCGGGGACACCGGGCACCCCAGGCUCCCACGACCUGGAGACGGCGCUGAGGCGGCUGUCCCUCCGCCGGGAGAACUACCUGUCGGAGAGGAGGUUCUUCGAGGAGGAGCAGGAGAGGAAGCUCCGGGAGCUGGCGGAGAAGGGCGAGCUGCUCAGCGGCUCCCUCACGCCCACCGAGAGCAUCAUGUCCCUGGGCACGCACUCCCGCUUCUCCGAGUUCACCGGCUUCUCGGGCAUGUCCUUCGGCAGCCGCUCCUACCUGCCCGAGAAACUCCAGAUCGUCAAGCCCCUGGAAGGUUCUGCCACCCUUCACCACUGGCAGCAGUUGGCCCAGCCUCACCUCGGGGGCAUCCUGGACCCCCGGCCGGGUGUGGUCACCAAGGGCUUCCGGACGCUGGACGUAGACGUGGACGAAGUGUACUGCCUUAACGACUUUGAAGAAGAUGACACAGGUGACCACAUUUCCCCCCGGGGCCUAGCUACCUCCACGCCAGUGCAGCACCCAGAGACCUCAGGUGAGAGGUCCCGAGCGCACGUGACUGUCGCAGGCGGCAGAAGCUCCCCGAGCCGGCCUCAGGCUUUCCCAGAAGAGAUGCAGGAGCCAGCGGCCGCAGAGGAGCAGGAGGAGGAGGAGGGGUCUGGUGAGGGCACCGAGAUAAGUCCUGUACACCCGGCACCUUCACCGGAGGCAGAGUUCUGGGCCAUUCUCACCUCUGUUCCGAGCUCCAUCCGUAGUGGCUCUCUGUCUGUAGCUUCCGCGCGUCCGUGUGGGUGAUGAUGGAAGCAUUCCCAUUGCGCACACAGUCUGUUUCUGACACACAGUCUGAUGCCUCCUUUCGUAACACGUGGGCACAGCUCCCUGCCCAUCUUGGAGGCACACGCCCAGCGGGGCUCUGGACAUCGGAGCAGGAGAGGCUGCUAAAAAGAAGUGGAUUCUUGUCCCCACCCACCCUCCCCAGAACACCACCCCUCUCCCCCUGUGUCUGAGGGACAGAUCCUUGAGUCUCCUGGCCAUUUCCACACUGAGCUGAGCUGAGCUGAGCUGAGCUGGGCAGUUCAGGGAAAUGAGUUCCGGAUCGUUCCGAAGGUGAAUGAGACCCCGUUACCUGCAUGCUGCAUCAGAGCAGGAGAGAGCCCAGAAAGUGCGGGAUUUUAGUCGCCCGUCGGUCAGCCUUGGUCCUUUUCUAACUUGGAUGCAGGUAUCUGUGCCCCUGCCCAGCAUGUUUGUUCGGAGUGGGUUUUUAAGAAGUGUUGUAGCCAUGCUCCCGAACCACACCAAGCCGAUGACGGCAGGAAGCUGUCCCAGAGAGAGGCGCAGGAUGAAUCUGGAAAGCUCAUGGCUCGCCUCCCCUCUAAACCGCCCCCACACUGUCCCAACAAGCAUGAAAGCCAUGGCCGAGAGUUGAUAGAACUGCCCACGUCCCAGGUGCACGGGCUUGAAAAGCUUCGUGCUCGGGGCCUGGGACCCAGGGGCCAUGGGGUUAGGAUUUGCCAGACCUCCAGGACCGCCUGGCUGCUUGGCUAGGAAGGCAGGGAAGCUUGUAUGGGAUAAGGGGAGAGACCCAGAAAAGGAAGGAUCAGCCAAUGUCUUCCUCCUCGUGACAGUCCCGGGAGACCAAGCCUGAAAAGAGGAUGUUCGCUCAUCUUGGUGGGUCUUGACUUUCAUUCGUGAAGGCCGCCACAUCCCCUGUGCAGUGCAGGCGGACAGGGCCGGGGCUCCUGGCGGCAUCUGCCAGCCCCUGGCUGAGUUCAUACGGCCAAGGGACGUUAGGGGGGACCAACGUGUUUUUUUUCUCUAACAUAAACUUUAGAGGCCUCAUCGAGUUCAAAGGAUUUGCUUAGCAAACAGGUUUAUUUGUGGUUUGUUCUCUUUUCCGUAGCAAUUAAGUUACCAGAUUAAGCUUGGAGGGGAUGCCCACGCUUGUGUAGUAUCUUCACACCUAAGAGGGGGAACCCAGCGCUGUUGGUGCCUCCCUUUGUUAGGGGCACCAGGAAGGCAGACAACAGUUCAGGAAACAGCGCCGGCUGAUCCUUGUGGCUGACGUGGGAGGGGAUCCUGUCGCGUGUGAGGGCCGCUCCCUGCAGCCCUACACCUGGAACGGGUGUAUCUGGAAGUGGGAAGAAGCACCUUUAAGUUGUACAGAAGGAGUACAGCUCAGCAAGUCAGCUGAGAGAGAACUCCUCUCGGAAGGUGGAGGGAGAGAGGGGCCGAGGAGGAGGGCCUGAGUCCUGACUGCUUUUCUUACUGAAACGGAGGCGUAGUUCUUGCUUCCUCCCUCCAAACUCAAACCCGGCAGCAGAUCCAUCCCAGCGCCUCGGGGCGGUUGGAAGUGAGCGGUCCAACAGAAGUGUGUGGAUUGCUGAAGGGGAUUUAGGAAAGGUCUGAUUGUUUAGACCAGAGUUUUCAGGGCUUGUUUUCUGGGUGAGACCCAUGAAAAGCUCAGUGCAGAAAGGAAAGGCAGGACAAGACCCUUUCAAUUCCUGGAAUGAAAGAAGUACUUCACUCUGAAUACUGACCCCAGAGGCCCCGAGGGGCACUAGGCACACAAUCUUGGAGUCAAGGGUGGGCACUGAGCGUCAGCAGGAAGGCCUGGGCAUCUUCCAUCUUGGCGUUUGUAUCCAGACUGUUUUGGUCCCCACCCUAGUCCACCCUCCAUGCUCCGGCCCUUGUGUCCCAGGAGCUGCCACCUGCCUGGGAAGACUGAGUAGGGAGAAACUUAGAAGUGAUUCACCUUUUUUUCUUGCAACUGAUGAUGUAAGGAAAUUGGGAAGUCUUUACACCAGGCACUUUUGUCUAGAGUCUGCUGUCUCAUGGAGAAAAAGUUUUGAGUGCAUAUUGAAAAAAAAAUUUAUUAACAUAUUUUCGUGUAUUAUUUUUGUAUCAUUAUUUGCUGUUUUUUUUAUAAUCCCAUGUCUUGAAAACAAUGAGUCCUUGUUUUCAUAUUUGUAAACAAUUUAGAUAAUUAAAGUGGAUUGUUUAAAACAAUUUUAGAUUAUAGUUUUACUUUAUUUCAGUGACAUUUUAUGAUUUAAUUCAUCUAGAAAGGGCACUUUAUCAGAAGAAGGAGUUUACUUGCCUUGCUUGUGCUCUGAAUUUUAUGUAGUCAUGAGCAGGAAAGAGCCUGUGUGUGGUAAAGGAUUAGAUUAGAGUUUUUUUAAAGUAUGCAGCUAUGAUGGUAGAUGUUUGGACAGACAAUUUAGUUGAAUUUUCUUGGAUGCCUUGAUCUUUAAAGGGGAGAAGGAGGUGAGAUAGAAGAAAGCGAAGAUCAGUUUAUUUUAAUACUCAGACAUGUGGAGCCUAUUUAAAGGGAAGGGGGUAUCCUAAAAAAGGCUCCUACAGGUAUACAGAUCACGGCAGCCUUCGCACAGCGGCCGUAGGGGGCUGUGCCUCAUCUCUGGUUGCAUUUUCUAUCUGGCAGCUGUGUGGGCUCACGUGAGGGGUCCUUUAAGGACCAGAUGCCACAGUGGACUUUAGAGAGGAAAGUUUCUGCUCUCCCAGCACCUUACUAGCCUGUCCUCCCUGUGGAUGAGGGAGGACGGGCACCAUUCAAAAGGACUGACGUGCAUGAGCUGGUGUGUACACAUCUGCCUCGCGGCUGGCCAGACAGAAGAGUUCCAGGCGUCCUCAGUUCCCCACCAGAGUGUACUUGGCUUGUUCCAUCUUCCUCUUCUCACCAUUAGUGCCAUGGGCCGUGGGGAGAAGGUGGGCUUUCCUGCCCAUCCCCCCCUGGAAGCCCGAGUUCCAUCAGCAGCAAUCACCAGGUCUCUGCGUUAGUCACCAGGUCUACGUAGCAAUCAUCGAGUCCAUAGCAAUCACCAGGUCUACGUAGCAAUCACCGAGUCUAUAGCAAU